CUCGCUCGCGCUCCCGGGAGGCGAUAGAUGCGCGAGCUGUACUUUUCUACAGUGCGGGAGCGCACAGCACUUCUCGAGCUCAGUCCGAACGUCAAGUGAACGGCGUGCGGAAAACGCAGUGGGACUUCAACCUAGGAGAAGUUAAGGAGCCUGUAGUAUUGAUCGCAGCAGCUUGCACCUGGAUAAGCCCCAUCAUCAGCUCACGGAGAAGCAGAAGAAAGAAGAAAGUGUGUUCACUGGAAGCACGCGGUUGUUACAGAAGGAAGGCAAUAUGAUGGUGAAGCAGCAUAUGCUGUUUACCCUGUACAGCAUCUGCGGGAUCGUCCUUAAAGAUAUUCUCGCAGUUUCAGUGGCGGCCACGAAAAACAAAGUGAGAGGAGCCCCGGGCCAGUUCCCUAUCGUCCAGAACAUGACCGUGACAGAAGGAGGGACAGUCAACUUGACCUGCCGAGUGGAUCAUAAUGACAACACCUCCCUCCAGUGGUCAAACCCGGCACAGCAGACGCUCUUCUUUGGGGAUAAGAAAGCGCUGAGGGAUAACAGGAUCGAGCUGGUCCGAGCAACGUCGCAGGAAUUGACUAUCAGCAUCGGCGAGGUCACGCUGGGAGAUGAAGGGAUGUACACCUGCUCUCUCUUCACCAUGCCUGUCAAAACAGCCAAGGCCUUUCUCACUGUCCUGGGUGUGCCUAAGAAACCAGAGAUCAAUGGAUUCACUAAGCCUGCAAUGGAGGGAGAUUUCAUCACUCUGACCUGUGUGACCUCUGGCAGCAAACCUGCAGCUGAUGUCCGAUGGUUCAGGAAUGAAAAGGAGAUCAAAGGUGCCAAAGAGGUAAAUGCCAGUGGCAGGACGUUCACAGUAAAGAGUUCCCUGAAGCUCCAGGUGGACAGAAAUGAUGAUGGUGUGGCUUAUACCUGUAAAGUGGACCAUGUGGCCCUGACAGCUACGCCACAGCAGACCACAGAGGUGUUGGAGGUUCACUAUGCGCCACGUGUGGAGAUCAAACACUCCUUAACCAUCCCACAGGAGGGACAGUACCUGAAACUGGAAUGUGUAUCCAAAGGAAAUCCAUCGCCAGAUCCAGUGCUCUGGACUAAAGAUGGAGGUGAACUGCCGGAUCUGGACCGCAUGAUCGUUGAAGGACGAGAACUUACCUUCACGUCACUGAACAAAACAGACAACGGCACCUACCGCUGUGAAGCCAGCAAUCAUCUGGGCACCAAUCACGCUGAAUAUGUGCUGUUUGUUUAUGAUGCCCCCACAACACCGUCACCAUCCACAGCUCCCCUUGCACCCACCUCCCCAGACACUACAGGUCCCUUAGGCUCCAAGCACCUCAAACCUGCUAUCACCGGUAAGAGAGAUCCUAAUGCCCUGGAGCAACGUGGGCCAGAUCACGCUCUGAUUGGUGGAGUAGUCGCAGUUGUCGUUUUUGUUACUCUGUGCUUAAUUAUUGUAUUGGGACGCUACCUGGCACGACAUAAAGGCACGUAUUUGACAAACGAGGCCAAAGGAGCGGAUGACGCCCCGGACGCGGACACGGCCAUCAUCAAUGCAGACGGCAACCAUGCGCACGCAGAGGAAAAGAAAGAGUAUUUCAUUUAGACUGCGGGCGGUACUUCAUUCCUUUCCUCCUAUCGUCCCUUCACUCGUUCCUCCCGACAUCGUGUAGGAACGUCCUCAGACAACAGUGGAUUAUUUUCCUCUUUUGAUUUUAUUUUUAUUUUUCAGUUCGGUUUUGCCUUCAAUAACAGCUCUUCGAUUUCACCUGCUACUUAAUUGUAACUUAUUUGCAAAUGAGCGACUUAUUUGCUGAAGAUGUCACCUUUUGUAACCAUUAUAUAGCUGUAACACACCCCAGGAUAGUCCACAAAUCUCCAAAUAUGAAAAAGAGAAAUGAUCUGCAGCUAUUUUUCAGUAAGGACUCACCUCCAUUAUUUCACAGUGCCUAAAUAUACAGACGUCCUUUAAGUUUAAUCAAUGCCUUCAUGUUUGUCAGUAGCCUGGUUGCUUACUUUGUAUCUUCAGCGUUAUGAUUUUUUUAAUAAUGUUCUGUGCUCUGUUGUUGCUUUUAUUUUUUGAAUAUUUCUGACUUUUUAUUUGGUUGAGAUUCAUGCCGAAUCCAUUUAUUGUGAUGUUUCUCCAAAAAAAAAAAAAAAAGAUGUACAGUAGUCAAAAUAUACUGAGACUUGAAAUAAGGGAGGUUCCCUUUUUAUUCUGCAGAUUUUUAGGUGUUAAUAAUGUUAUCGGUACGUAGAGAUGCUCCAUUCUCCAAAUUACCAUUACAUGAUGUGAAACUGACCAACUCACACUAAAUCAGUAUUUUGUACUUGAAAUGUAGAUAUUGGUAAGUAAAUGAAUAGUUCCAGAGACGGUCUUAGUGAAUUUCACCCUUGUAUUAUAGGUUAACCAACCCUAGUCACCAAAUAAACUUUAUAGUGGGUUAGUGAAUCAGCAAACAGGCCAGAAAGAACACACCCCCUCUUUUCUUUAAUUGGUUCAUAUUCCUGCACUGAUUGUCUCCUGGCUAUAUGGAGCGUUGUCAUGGCAACAGAUCCACGGCUGUGUGAUGAAGCAAUGGGAAUCGUACUAUAUGUCAUCUUUUCAACUGUUUACACAACCGUUGUGCCGAAGAUUCUCAUAACACCAGAGGAGAAGUAAAACAUUAAGUUUAUUAAAAAGCGCAACUGUAUUUCAGUGCCGUUAAACCUUCAUCACUCUGAUCAAUAAAGUUAUUUACAAAUAAAAACAAAAAGUGUCGCCCACCUGCUCACCUUUCCACUGGUUUUCCGCCAAACAAAAAAACAAGCACAAGAUAACUUACAGUAUGAACGAGGUCCGAACACUUAAGUGAUCGAGUUUUCAUAAAAAAAAAAAUAUUUGUCUUUACCCAAACCAUACAGAUACCUUGAUGUACUACGGUCACUGACGUUGCAAAUUAUGUUGAUAAAUGGUUGGAGCGUUUCUGAAAUUGCGGUAUCUUUUCUGUUCUUAACGUUGAUUUCUACAACGAAUAGCCAACCUUGCUAAGGCUGUAUGAUAUAUCUGCUAAAUGUGGUAACUAGUGAAAAUUGUUGUUAGACUUUGGGAUCCCUAAUACCAUCAAGUUUGUAUAUUAGCUGAUUUAAAUAUUGGUGGGGAAUUUGUUUUCAUCUUAUAUCGUCGAUUUUUAACGUCAUAACUUUUUCUUUCAGCUCAAGGCAUGUAUAUACUGUAUAAGUAUCACAUUUUGGUAAAAAAAGGCAUUUUUUGAAUGAUUUUUUGUUUUACUCACAAUGUAAAUUAUUUCAUUUUGCUUAUCGAAAGCCACAGUGAGUACGAAGCAUUUAUGAGUAUAAAGGCACAGCUGCGCAUUUGUUGAAUGGGAAAAUUUUAGCAUUCUGUAAAUGAUGAAGAUUAGCAUUCAUGGCUACCAGCAUUACUGUCUGUAAGUUGUUGUUUUAUGUCAUUUUCACAUAGACAGAUAUCACUGACGCUUUUAAAAAAACAAUAGCUCAAGCUUUAAAUUUUCAAAGUAGACUAUCCAAAAUGUUUUUUUUUAAUAUUGUUUAUCCAUAAUAAACCACAAUAACAUAUCACUUCCAUAUACAAGUAUCUUACUCAACUGUAAUUGUCUUAUAUCCCUACUUUUUGUGACUAUAUUAAUUGGUAGAAUGGUUGGGUUCACUGGGCUGUGUGUUAACCAGAUAAUGUUAAAGCUACAACAAUAAAAAUCAGUUCACACCAUAAAAUUGAUCAACAUUAUGAAAUGAAACGCAAUUGCUUACAGUAUACUACUGUAAAGAUUACCCUGAAUUUAUUAGUGUUUUUUCUCCUGUUUCUGUCAUUCUCAGUGUACAAUAGACUACGAUGUGUCUGCAUAAUGACUGCUAACAAUUUUUACCAAUCUCUGAUGGUGAUACUGACCUAUUGCUGCCUUUUGUGGUCAGUGAAUCACAUGCUAUUAUCAAAACAAUAUAUAUAUAUCCAACUGCUCAGAUUUUGAAUGGUUACAGUUACAUGCUCAACAUUUCCAACAAUGAAUAAAUCAGCUUCUUUUAUCACCACGA